AUGCUGAAUUCUAGCUACUUUGGUGAACAACGAAGAGAAAAGGAUGAAUAUGGGUCAAGCGAAGAAGAAAAAUUAGUAACGAUUUUACCUUCGUAUCGGAUGCACCAGUCUACGGUAUCAAAGGCCUUGACACCUACGCAAGAAAAUUUCAGAAUAGAUCCUCCGUCAUACGAUAUAAGUCCAAUGGAUUCCAGAGGAUCUGAUGCAUAUUUAAGUAUAUCUGCAUUACACUCUCCAACAUCGGAGGAAGAGCCUGGGUGGCCCCCACCACAAGAGCCAUUGGCAUACGAUGAAGAAUCUGCCAGCAUCUGGGAGAAUACAAUUAUUGCUAAUGUCCACAAGAUGGAUAACUUGACUAGAAAUAAUUACAGAGUCAGUCAGGAUCUCGAAGUGGAUAUUAAGGUAACAAGAAAGGUUUGCGAGAAAGGUGUAGAGCCGCUCGUGUAUGAUCCACUGGACCAUGAAUUUACUCAAGGUAAGUACAUUCAUGGUUUUGUCACCAUACGUAAUAAAUCUAGUACUCCAAUCCCAUUUGACAUGGUCUACGUUGCAUUUGAGGGUGUUACUGUGACCCUUCUGAAUCACAAUGGUGUUAUUGUUUUAGAUAAGCCUGGGGCAGAUUUUAAGUUUUUAACGAUGAUAGAUUUAUUUGCGUCUUGGUCCUACUCAAACAUCGCAAGACUCUCGACAGAUGACGGCGACCCGCAUGAUUGGUGUGAAGGUGAGACAGAUCCAUAUGAUAACACAAUUCUCUCAAUUGACGUCAAGCGAUUCUUUCAACCCAACAUUACCUACAAAAGAUUUUUUACAUUCAAGAUUCCUGAUAAACUAUUGGACGACAUUUGUGACAUUCACAACAUUCCUAGUCACUCAGAGAUCCCACCAACGCUAGGCUUCCCUAGAAGUUUCUUCCCACCAUCAGAAGUUCUUGCGAAUAAGUAUGCUAUUCCAAAAGAUUUUUCGAUGUUGGAUAGCUCAAUAAGCUAUUGCGUCAAUGCAAGAGUUAUUGGAAAAGCAUCAGAUUAUAAAUACGACACUGGGGGACAUGACAAAUAUGUUAUAGCAAAAGAUGCAUCUGUUUAUAUUAGAGUUAUACCAAAUUAUAGAAGCUUUAUGGGACAUCCCAUGUGGAGCAGCGUGUUUUAUGAUAAUCUAGUACGAUGUGUCUCAGAGAAGCUUGAAUUAGGAAGAGGUCUACUUAAUACGCCAACUGAAGAAAGGUCAGAGAUAGCCCUCACACCAAUUAGUUCGAGGAACUCAGAAAUGAAACUUCGACAGUUAUAUUCUUCUAUUGAGGGUGCCUUUAAUUCGUUCGAUAAAAAAGUGAAAGACGAUUCUUUUAAGACUUUCAAACCGUAUAUGAAGAAAUUUUUGGGAACUCGCAAGACUUCGGGAGUGAUAUCAUUGGCAACACCAAAGCAAGAAUAUUUGAUUCCUUACUCUUCUUCGAAAAGCCAAUUGAAAGAUUCCAAUAUAUUUAUUCCUAUAGACUUUUCUUACUCUUUUGAUAAGGAGAAGAGCCAGAAAGAUUUUCCAAUUGUUAAAGACAUAUCCGCGGAUUUGAUGGUUUUGACAAUAGCAUCGAAGAAGUAUCCUAUUCCCAUAGAGUUCACUCAUGACAUGUGUUUCAGAGACAACGAGGUAGAAGAUGGUAAGCAUAGACCUUCUAACUUUGAUUCCAUCAUCAUAAACCCUUUUAAAGAAUAUGUCAAUGAAUUAAGCGAUUUGAUAAGAAAAGUUGGUAACAAUAUUUUAAAGGUUGAAACAAAGUUCUUCCAAGACCUCAAAUGCCUUGCCAGUCUUUCAACAAAGACUAUUCGUCUUGGAGUGCAAGAUGUACAAAUCUACAUGGCAACUGAAAAUGGAAUGGGUGUCCAACAAACAGCUGAUGCCAUUCCCUGGAGAGAAGUAAAUGAAACUCAUUCUCAACACAAAGUAUUUAUGAAAAAUUUUAACUUAAAACUUGAUUUGAGUACUGCUAACUUACGUUCGCCAGAUACUCCAGGAAGACCUGGAAAUUUUACUAUAUCUCCAAGCUUUCAGAGCUGUAUGAUAUCAAGAAUAUACUUCAUAAAAGUAAACUUCAAGAUCUCAAAUGGGGACAAAAUAUCAAUUCGUGUACCGCUAUUCAUUGAAAAAAACGCAUGA